UGUCUGCUCAGGCACACUGCUCUGGAUGGCUGUGCACAGCACAGCCAUCCAGAGCAGUGUGCUUGCAGUAAAGCACCAACACACCCACACAGUUAACCCAUUGAUCGCCCCACAUGUUAACCCCUUCCUGCCCAGUGCCAUUAGUACAGUGUCAGUGCUUUUUUUUAGCACUAAUCAAUGUAUUGGUGUCACUGGGGAUGUCAGUUCCCCCCAGUGUCAGAAUGCCCGCCGCAGUCCCACAGUCGCUGAUCACCACCAUUACUAGUAAAAAAUAAAUACAUUUCAGUAUCUAUACUGCCAUUUGUAAACGAUAUAACUUUUAUGUAAACCAAUUAAUUUA